CACCGAUCGACAGUUUGAGUUAAUCAAUCUUCGGGUUGAUACGAAACCGACACUUGCCGUGGUGAGUUCAUGACUUUUCCCGCAUGCGGUCGGCCGCCACCAGGAUGACCAGGCAGGUGGACAUAUUCUUCCUUGUGUUCUGUUAUAUCCCAGACCAAGGCGCCAGGCAUACCUCUACUUCAGGCAUCAAGCUCUGUCUGCUGGGAUUCUAAGAUGGCACCCUUUCCAAUUAUUGUCUUCGUGCCGGGCGCAUGGCACAGCCCGGAAUGUUAUCGCAGAGUGAUCGACCAACUCGAAGCUGCGGGGUACGAGACGGACCUCGUCCAUCUUCCCUCCGUGGGACCAACCCAGCACUUACCAGACUUCUCUGCCGAUGUUGCCGAAAUACGAAGCCAUCUAGAGCACCUAGUCGAUGCCGGCAAGAAGGUCGUGCUCGUGGUACACUCUUACGGAGGAGUGCCUUCGAAUGAAGCCGUCAAAGGGCUUGACUGCGCUAGCCGGCAAAGUAACGGUCAAGCCGGCGGCGUGGCUCAUAUCUUCUUCUGCUGCUCGUUCAUUAUCCCCGAAGGAAAAUCUCUCCUCGGCGCCUUUGGGGGCAACGACUUGCCGUGGUUCACUGUUUCUGCUGAUCGCCUGGAGGUCAACCCAGACAGACCCGACGAGAUAUUCUACAAUGACAUGUCGGAAGAAGAUGUCCGUGCGGCCGUCAGCUCUCUAAGGCCACACAGUUACCGGACUUUUCGCAGCCUCUGCACAUAUGCUGCCUGGAAAGAGGUUCCCAGCACCUACCUUUACUGUGCCACGGAUGCUGCUAUCCCCUUAGAGCUCCAGAGAAUGAUGGUGGAGCAUUGGGCGGCAGGUUAUCCCAUCCGCACGGAGUUCCUCGAUGCCUCUCAUAGUCCAUUCCUCUCGAAGCCAACCGAAGUAACAGCGGCUAUCAGAAGAGCAGCUGGUGAAGAAGUUUAAUCAUGAAAGGUUAUGUGACGUGAUGACAUGUACACCUGCUGCUUAUGAUGUGGCUGGAAUAGCCUCGCCGAUGGCGGUUCUUCACUGUAUAUAGAGACUAAUGCAUGUUGAACAAGAUUUCCAUAUUGA